AUGACUGAAGUUAAUAUCGGUAUCAACGGUUUUGGCCGGAUCGGCCGUCUCGUGUGUCGCGCCGCGAUUGAAAAUCCUAAGACCAAGGUUGUGGCCGUUAACGACCCGUUUAUGGAUCUAGAUUACAUGGCGUAUUUAUUCAUGUAUGAUUCGACCCAUGGCAAAUUCGAUGGAUCUGUCGAGACCAAGAACGGCAACCUAGUGAUAAAUGGUCAAGUUAUUCAAGUCUUCUCCGCACGUAACCCGUCGGAGAUCCCGUGGGGUAAGGCCGGAGCUACGUACGUAUGCGAGUCAACAGGUGUGUUCACCACAACGGAGAGUGCUAAGGCUCAUAUUGAUGGCGGCUGCAAAAAAGUUGUGAUUUCGGCGCCACCUAAGGACAACACUCCCAUGUAUGUGAUGGGUGUGAAUCACAAAGACUAUGACGGCUCGGCUCCCGUCGUGUCAAAUGCGUCGUGCACAACGAAUUGUCUUGCGCCCCUGGCCAAGGUGAUCAACGACAAGUUUGGCAUUGUGGAGGGUCUGAUGACGACCGUGCACGCGACGACGGCCACGCAGCUCCCUGUUGACGGUCCUAGCAGAGGCGGAAAAGACUGGCGUGGUGGUCGUGGCUGCGGUCAGAAUAUCAUUCCGUCGUCAACGGGCGCAGCCAAGGCCGUGGGCAAGGUAUUACCGGUCUUAAAUGGUAAAUUGACGGGCAUGGCUUUCCGUGUCCCAACUCCGGAUGUAUCUGUGGUAGAUUUGACGUGCCGCCUGGAGAAAGGAGCUUCAAUGGACGCGAUCAAAGCUGCCGUAAAGGCUGCUUCGGAAGGUGAAUUGGCUGGCAUCCUUGGCUACACGGAGGACCAGGUGGUGUCAAACGACUUUCUUCAUGACAAGCAUUCGAGCACGUUUGAUGCGGACGCUUGCAUUGCCCUUAAUGACCACUUUGUGAAGCUUGUCGCGUGGUAUGACAACGAGUGGGGCUAUUCAAACCGCCUGGUGGAUCUUGUGCUGUACAUGGCUACCGUGGAUAAAUAA